AUGAAUGCUGAUUUUGGCGAAACUGAUUUAUUAGUAGCAUUGAUUUAAGGCAUUUAUAAUGAAAAUUAUUAAAAAUGCAAAUAUCAUUCUCAAGACUUUAAAUGCUUUUUACUGACAGAUGGAGAGGAUUUUCUUAAAAAAUCAGUAAGUUAGUAUAAAAAAAACGAAGACAUGAAACUAGAAAUUAAUCAUUGCAGUGAGUAUUUAGUCAUAAGAUUAGCUGAAGUUGGAAAUGGAGAAUGUUAAUUAGUAGGAUAUAAUGAAGAUAUUAAUUAUAAAGUUAUAGAUUUGUUAGAGGAUUCCCUAAAUAUUUAUUUAAAGUGA